GCUUGGUUCCACAAAUGGCAGUUGGCUUGAUUCUGGUUCAAAGCCGUUCUGUGCCGUACUGAAUCCUAGCUCUCCACAGCAGAGCUCCUAGCUAGCAGUUCCUUCAGCAGUAUCUCAAAGCAUUUGUGUCGUGCAAUUAGUGUCGACCUGGAGGCUUCGAGACUAGCGUCUUCUAUGGCGGGGCUGUCUCUUACUACACCGCCUCGUAACGGCCUCCUCCCGUCCAGCAGGACUCCCCCCUCGAGAUUGUCCCCCCAAUCUGCUCGACGAAAUGCCACGUGGCGCAAUCCCAUGUGGGUGCGCUGCAAUCUGGACGGCGGGGACGGCAAAUCAAGCAAAUCUAAUGGCUCAGAUGCGUCGGCUGACGACGCUGAGUUCCAGUCCCUCACACCUGACGUCAGACCGAAGGGCGCCAUACCCAUCAACUCAUCUCCCACGCGUCGCGGCGCGAUGACGCUCAUAGUGGCCACUAGCGCCGCACUCGGCGCCGCGGGACUCGGUCUAGCCUCUUAUAUGUUCUCCAGCCCGUCCGAUCUUGGCGCCUCGGUCAACAUCAGCGGGCCCAGCGGCGGUCCCAUCGACCCCACGUCGCUCUCUCCGAAGCAGCGGAUCGCGCUGCGAGUAGGAAACGUGUCGCACACGGAAGCGGAGUGGCGGGAAAUCCUAUCCCCCGGGGAAUUCUUCGUCCUUCGGGAGGCCGGCACGGAACGACCGUUCACCAGCGAUCUCCUGUUCGAGAAACGUCCCGGAACCUUCGUCUGCCGGGGAUGCGGCACUCCCCUCUUCGAUUUGGAAACUAAGUACGAGAGCGGGACGGGCUGGCCGAGUUUUUUCGACGUGCUGCCUGGAGCCGUGGAUCUGGUAUCUGAUAGGUCGUACUUUGGAUUUGAGCGGACCGAAGUGCGGUGCUCCCAGUGCCAGGGACACCUAGGCCAUGUGUUCGAGGAUGGCCCUGCGCCUACCGGUCUUCGUUACUGCAUGAACGGGCUUGCUCUAGGGUUUCAGGCCAAGGAUAACGGUAGUAUCGCCUAGUGACCAGACAGGGGGGUAGGAGCUACUAGCCGUCAGCCAGUGGCUUGAUUCCAGUAUGGGCAGUAUGAUGUCUGUAUGUUGUGCAAUAAUUUGGCUUGUUUUGAGCUCAAUGUAGCU